UCAAGAACUGGCUUACACACAAGAAACUCUUGCGGAGGAAACCGACAGGAACCAGGCUGUGGUUCUUGCCCUCUAUGACGCCCUAAACUCUCGAGACGUCCAAACCGUUCACAGAAUCCUUGCUCCCGACCUUGAAUGGUGGUUCCACGGCCCCCCUACUCACCAGUUUUUGAUGCGCCUCCUCACCGGGGCUUCUUCCGACGAUUACUUUCGUUUCGACGUCGACCCGCUCUCCCUCACCACCUUCGGAUCCACCGUCAUCGUUGAGGGCUGCGAUCACGGCCGUCUGAUCUCCUGGGUCCACGCCUGGACCGUGACGGAUGGGAUAAUCACCCGAGUCAAGGAGUACUUAAACACCUCCCUCACCGUUACUCGACUCGGAGACCCUACCAGAUCAGCGGAGAUCACACCCGCGCAUUGCCCUUCCGUCUGGGAGAGCAGCUUCUCUAGCCGGGUCGGAAAAUCUGUUCCGGGUCUUGUCCUGGCAAUUUAGUCUUAGGGCAAUAUAAUAAGCCUAAAAUAAAACCAAAACUGGUAGUGUCGUGCUUGUUGUUAAGACAGGGAAGAACAGAUCGCAGGUGUGUGUUGGUUUAAUGUUGUGUUGGUCUGAUUUUAUAACUAUGUAUUGUGUUUGUGUGAGUUUGUUUUCCUGUGCAUUCGGCUUUGGAGGCAUAUGGGUUCAACAUAAGAGCACCUCCCUGUUCUUUUUGCCCUAUUCUCUCUCAUGUCACUUGUUUCUGUUGUGCAAUAAAAGCCUGGUAUUUUUAUAGAA